GCCUACUACCACAGUAGGCAGCGUUUGCGCAGGGUGCUCGGUCGGCUCCACCAUCGUCAAUGCGAAUGUUGCGAUCGACGCGCAAACAGCAUUAGUAGCGCGCAAGCGGCAUCGCGUACGGUCGCACGUGCCUCUCAAGCUAGAAUCGAACGCAGCGCCAUUGUGGCACGGAAUAUACUCCCAUCGUACGUGAUCCUUUCGUGAAUUGCCUGCUAGGGCAAGGGCAGGGUUUAGUUAGUAGUGGCAUCGGUUUUCCAAUACGUUCCUUCGAAAUUGUGAUUAGAAGAAGUGUACAGGAGGAAACAGUGCACGGAGAAAAGCGUAUUGCUUUCAACAUCGAUCGUGUGAAACAGUGAAGCGAAUCAGUGAUCAUACUUCCAGCCCAUUUUCCCACAGCCAUGUGUUCGAAGAUCGUUUUGUGAUAUUCUAGUGAUUCAAGUGGUGCAGUUUUGGGUGCAGUUCUACUAUACAAAUUGUUUGCCGAUCGAUUGAGGCCUACAACAGCCUUCACCCAGCCCCCCGGCAGCUACACCGGAGUCGCGCAUGUCAUUGGACAUUGGCAAAACGUGUUCGUCUCGGCCGACUGUCCUCGCCAGCAACAGCGCGCGUGCUAUUGCGAAAAAGCUCCCCCCCACGACUGACUGUCCUUCUCAUUCUCAAAACCCACUCGCACCUGCACCCGCUGCUGCCUAAUGAAUGACCAACCAAGAGCAGCAGCAGCAGCAGCAGCCGGGGCAGCAGCAGAAGCACCAUCAACAGCAGGCGAUUGCAAUUACUAUUCGGGACACAUGCACCACGUCUGAGGGCGUCACGGGCGAACGGAAAGUGAAGCUAAUCGUUAAUCGAUCGUCCCCGGUGUCCAGUGCCACCCGCACCAACGACGGCGAUCCUGCCGCCGGCGCAUCACCAGCAGCAGCAGCAGUGCCGCCGUCGGUUUCAAGCACCACCACGACACCACCACCAUUACCACCACUAGUUCCUAUCAUGUCCAUAUCGCCCAUUCCACCCAGCCUGGACGCUAGUCCACACCACCCCCAGCCGCAACAGCCGCCACAGCCAGCGCCGCUGCCACCACCGCCACUGUCACACCCGAAUCACCAGCACCAGCUGGAGCAGUACCAGUACCAGCUGCACCAGCAGCAACUGCAGCAGCUACAGUACCAGCAGCGGCAGCAGCAGCAGCAUGACCUAUUCAUGAUCGUCAGUAUUUGCCUUGGCUCGUUCAUCCUCAUCUUCGCGAUCGUUUACUUCGUAAGGAAAUUCUUUCAGGGUGGUCAAUUCAAAAACAAAGACAUCCGGCUAGAUGCGAAGGUCGUCAUCAUUACCGGUGCAAAUGCGGGCAUUGGGAAGGAGGCCGCAAUUGAAUGUGCCAAGCGGGGUGCCCGGGUGUACAUGGGCUGCCGCGAUCCGGCCCGGAUGGAGAAGGCCCGCCAGGAGAUACUGGACAAGUCGGGCAGCCAGAAUGUGUUCGGGCUCGAGCUCGAUCUGGCCUCGUUCGAGUCGAUCCGCAGCUUUGUCAAGACGUUUCUCAGCAUGGAGCGCCGGCUGCACGUGCUGAUCAACAAUGCGGGCGUGAUGGCGUGCCCGAAAGCCUACACCAAGGAGGGCUUCGAGAUGCACUUCGGCACCAACCAUCUGGGGCACUUUCUGCUCACCAACCUGCUGCUGGACGUGCUGAAGCGGUCGGCACCGAGCAGGGUAGUGACGGUUUCUAGUCUCGGCCACAAGUGGGGCCGCAUCAACAAGGACGACAUCAACGCGGAGAAGGACUACCGGGAGUGGGACGCGUACAUGCAGAGCAAGCUGUGUAACAUUCUCUUCUCGCGCCAUCUGGCCAAGCGGUUGCGGGGUACCGGCGUCAACACGUACGCAUUACACCCGGGAGCGAUCAAUACCGAGCUAACGAGACAUCUGAAUCCGUGCAUCAGAACGAUGGCCAAGCCUAUUUUCUGGGUAUUUUUCAAGACACCAAAGUCCGGCGCCCAGACCACGCUGUACUGCGCCAUGGAACCGACGAUUGCAUCCCACACGGGCCUGUACUACAGCGACUGCAAGCUGAAGGAACCGGAACCACACGCACAGGACGACGCAAUGGCCGAAUGGCUUUGGAAUUUGAGCGAGCGGUUGACGGGAUUGUCGUCCCACUGAACGUGUUCCAGGAACGCGGCCUCACGUGUUUGUUUUUUCUCUCUCCCCCUUUCGUGUGUACUCAUCACCCACUCGUGGCCCUUUCUUCCUUUCUUACACUGCGCCCAACUGGGUCAGAGUGUAACAGAACAAGUGUAGACGAUAAUGAAUGAUAGCUUUGUGUGUAAGGAUUAGCAGCAGCAGCAAGAAAAUACAGCAUUUCAAACAGUA